AUUCAUUCCAUGGCUGCAGUAGCAUUGGACAUCGUAUGCCACUCUUCUCUUCUAUGUAUGCCUUUGAUCUAUGUUUAUGCCUAUGCCCAUGCUAGUGCGAGGAGAGAAAGGAGGUUACAGGCCAUCCAUGAGGUGCAGACUCCCAACCUCAAGCAGCCCAGAGUUCAUUGGGUUGUAGGUGAACUUCAACCGUGACGAUCACG